AUGUUAUCCAAGGUGAGACUGGAAGAAGCCAAGAUUUCUGCAGAGCAGCUGGUGCAGCCCAGCCCAGGCUCACGUUUGCCCCUGCCCUUGUUCCUGCCCCAGCUCUCACCCCAGCCUGGCAGGGCCCCGGGAGCCCCCGAGCACCCCUACACCCCUACACCCCUGCACCCCUACACCCCUACACCCCUACACUCCUAUAUCCCAACACCCCUGCACCCCUGCACCCCUACACCCCUACAUCCCUACACCACAGCACCCCAACACCCCUGCACCCCUACACCCCUGCACCCCUACACCCUUACACCCCUACACCCCUACACCCCUACACCCCUACACCCCAACACCCCAACACCCCUACACCCCAACACCCCUGCACCCCUACACCCCUGCACCCCUACAUCCCUACACCCCUACACCCCAACACCACAGCACCCCAACACCCCUACAUCCCUACACCCCUACAUCCCUACAUCCCUACACCCCAACAUCCCUACAUCCCAAAACCCCUACACCCCAACAACCCUACACCCCUACACCCCUACACCCCUACACCCCAACAUCCCUACAUCCCAAAACCCCUACACCCCUACACCCCUACAUCCCAACACCCCUAGACCCCUGCACCCCUACACCCCAACACCCCUGCACCCCUACACCCCUACACCCCUACACCCCUACACCCCUACACCCCUACACCCCUACACCCCUACACCCCUACACCCCAACACCCCUACACCCCUACACCCCAACACCCCUACACCCCUGCACCCCUACACCCCAACACCCCUACACCCCUACACCCCAACAUCCCUACAUCCCUACACCCCUACACCCCAAGGGUCAUUGCCAAACAGAGGCUUUAAGGAGCAGCACUGA